CACCACCUCCAGUCGGAGAUCUGGAGCGCUUGUGUCUGCGGCUCAAUCCCGUGAGGUGCGGCGCAGCUCAGCGGCGCAUUCUCUUUGGAGCGGAGGCACCACCGUACUUUCCAUCGCUUACUUCCGUUAAACCCCGGGCGCUGCCAUGGCAAGCCGGAAAUAGGGAUAAAUCUAGCCAGAAGAGGGCGGAAGUGGCUACUCAGGGCGUCGCCAUGACGAGUCGGGACCGGAAGAAGAGGCAGGCAGCUCUGGAGGUCACCGCUCGCUACUGUGGCCGAGAGUUGGAGCAGUAUGGCCAGUGUGUGGCGGCCAAGCCGGAAUCCUGGCAGCGGGACUGUCACUACCUUAAGAUGAGCAUUGCCCAAUGCACAUCCUCCCACCCAAUCAUCCGCCAGAUCCGCCAGGCCUGUGCUCAGCCUUUUGAGGCCUUCGAGGAGUGUCUUCGACAGAACGAGGCAGCUGUGGGCAACUGUGCGGAGCAUAUGCGCCGCUUCCUGCAGUGCGCUGAGCAGGUGCAGCCACCACGUUCACCUACAACUGUGGAGGCAAAGCCACUUCCUGCCUCCUGAGGACUCCUCUGACUGCAAGAAAACUGGACAUGAAUGACUGCCCCCAACCCUCCUUCCCUGCAGAGUGACCAGAUGGAGUCCCGAGCCCUGGCCACGGGCCUGGCUUUCUGGGAUAUCAGGACUUCCAAUAAAUAAAGACUGUGUAUACUGGG